GUGGGCUUUGCCGUUGCAGCUAACCAGAACAAACAACUUUUAGGCAAAAAUGGACUUCUUCCAUCUGACCUAUACUUGAAGAGGAUUGAAAGUCACUUUUCAGAUACCAGCUGGAGGAAAAUUCUUCAUGUUCCAACUCUUCUUCUUUACACUGAUAAAAGUAGAAUUGACGAACAUUUGGAUCUACUAGCGUAUACUGGGAUGUUAUUCUCAGGAGUUGUUGUGGUCUUUGGAUGUGCUAAUAUGUUUAUCAUGACAUUGCUUUGGGUAUUAUACCAUUCUAUUGUCAACAUUGGACAGAGGUGGUAA